AUGGACUUCAACACUGUUAACAACACAACAAAGGUGGACUUCAACACUGUUAACAACACAACAAAGGUGGACUUCAACACUGUUAACAACAUAACACAGGUGGCCUUCAACACUGUUAAUAAUGCAAUAAAGGUGGACGUGGACGUAUACAACACUGUUAAAAACAUAACACAGGUGGACUACUACAACAUUAUUAACAAUAAAACACAGGUGGACGUAUACAACACGAUUAACAACACAACACAGGUGGAUUACGACAACACUAUUAACAAUACAACACAGGUAGACUACGACAACACUAUUAACAAUACAACACAGGUGGACUUCUACAACACUAUUAACAAUACAACACAGGUAGACUACGACAACACUAUUAACAAUACAACACAGGUGGACUUCUACAACACUAUUAACACCACAACGCAGGUGAACGUAUGCAUCACUGUUAAAAACACAACACAGGUGGACUACUACAACACUAUUAACAACACAACACAGUUGAACUACUACAACAUUGUCAACAACAUAACACAGGUGGGCAACUACGAUACUGUCAAGAACACAACACAGUUGGACUACUAG